AAGAAGCCAAGGGCGGAAGUGGGUCCGUUUGAGGUUUGGAAUAGGGGGAAACGGGAUUCCGGUAGGGAGGUGGUGGACUGUUAUCUGCGGCGGUCCCGCAGGCGGGAGUGGGAUUAUUGGGAAGUGGAGUCCUUGACCUGAGAACUAAACAACACAAUCACUGAUAUUUAAACAAAGCUAUGGCGAUAACAAGGGAUGGUGCUGUUUACGUUGCAGCAUUGUUUGCUGACAGUCUCAUCUUUCUAUUGGAACUUGUGCAAUUGUUGUAGGCCAUGGCAGGUCGACGUCCUAAUGGGCCAACUAUAGGCAAGAUCUGUCAGUUUAAAUUGGUGCUCCUGGGAGAGUCAGCUGUUGGGAAAUCAAGCCUUGUCUUGCGCUUUGUAAAAGGACAGUUUCAUGAGUAUCAAGAGAGCACAAUCGGAGCUGCUUUCCUCACACAGACCAUUUGCUUAGAUGAUACAACAGUCAAGUUUGAAAUCUGGGAUACAGCUGGACAGGAGCGCUACCACAGCUUGGCCCCCAUGUAUUAUCGAGGGGCUCAAGCUGCCAUAGUUGUUUAUGAUAUCACUAAUAUGGAUACCUUUGUGCGUGCCAAGAAUUGGGUGAAGGAACUACAAAGGCAAGCUAGCGCUAGCAUUGUCAUUGCCCUGGCAGGGAACAAGGCUGACCUGGCAAGCAAACGAGCUGUUGACUUCCAGGAAGCCCAGCUCUAUGCAGAGGACAACAGCUUGCUGUUUAUGGAAACAUCAGCGAAGACAGCAAUGAAUGUGAAUGAGGCUUUUGUGGCAAUAGCAAAGAAACUUCCCAGGAAUGAACCACAGAGUGCAACAGGAACAGCAGGCAAGAAUCUAAAUGUCAACCUCCACGAGAAUACCCAGUCCAGCAAGGGGCAAUGUUGCAGCCACUAAGGAUUCUUGUCUGGCAGCUCCAAUUGGAACGUGUCUGAAUCAAUUGCACUUACAGAAGACCAGCUGCCAGGAUCUUUUUCCUUUCUCCUCCUCCACUGAGAUUUUUUUCCCCUCAUAGAAUGGGGGAGGGGAGCAUAGCAGAGGCCAUUCCUCUUCUGAACAAACAAUAGAUUUGUUUUUUUAAGGAGUCCUUUUUUAAAAUACAGAUGAACAAUGGCACUCUUCUACAUUUUUGUGGGUGGACAAUGUGUGCUUUCAAAACCUUGAUCCCUCUUCCUUUCUGCCUUUUAUUUUCUGAAGGGAUUUAUACCCUUGCAUUUGCUCAGAGCUCUCUGGAAGAAGGGACAUCCUUUCCUGAGACAAAAUAUGUCUAUAACAUCUGCUUGGUGAUCCCAAGCUGAUUGGGUUGUACCCUAAAGAAAAAUACAAGUUAUAGCCAGGGGAGGCUACAUAAAAUAGGAAUGAGUUGCAGAAAUACUAUGCACAUUUUUCUUUGAAAUUUUGGUUCAGAAAUGACAUACAAACCUGUAAAAGACUGUUACAGAAACCUGAAGGUAACAGUGAAUUGAAGCUGUAGCAUUGAUAGAGUGAGAGAAACCCAUAGCCUCUAAGCUUUGUAUUGAUCAAAUUUGUAAUUAUGAAUGUUUUUAAAGAUCAAUAGAAAGCUGAUUUUCCUCUUUUGUAUUAUAGUUUCCAGCAUUUAACAAAUCAGUAUCUUUUAAUAACAUAUACCAAUUAGUCCUUUAUCCUUCUUAGGUUUAAUUGGGCUUUUGGUAUGCCAAAUCUACAUUAACCUAUUAUUUACAUAUUGGGUAUAAUGCACUAAUUCAGCCUGUUAAAUAUAUAAAAUGAUCAUUUUUUUACAAGCAACAUUAUGCUAUUAGUAAUCCUAUCAGGAUAUGGGUGUAUCAGCGAAACAGGUUGGUAGAGUGUAUUCAAGCUGGGGCGGGGAGCAAUGAUAGGUAUUUUCAUAUACACAACAUUACCAAUAUUGGUAAUGCAAAAGGGGUUUUGUUUCUGAGCUAGUGUCCAGGGCAAUUUUUGUCUUAUGCAUAUUUGUAUUUAAGACAGUACAUCAGUCUCUUCAAUUCAAAGCUCCAAUUGUGUAUGAGUUAAAAAAUAAAUUUUUAUAAGUCGUGUUGAA